AUGAGUUCUCUGCGCUCUCACCCAGUUUCACGCGCCGCGCUCGGCAUCCUCCUCAUAGUCGCACUCAUUUUGACCUACCGCAUGUCUCUUGGUCCAACAACACACGCAAAAAGCUAUGUCAGAAUGACGGACCGGUCCUCCAUCAACCUGAUACCCAAGCUGGAGGUGACUCUCAAACAGACCAGCGCUUCGCCAGCCACGGUCCAAGUCUCCGUGACCAACAAGAACGACUACGCGGUCACUGUGCUGUCAUACGACUCCCCGCUUGACGUGAUGGCACUCAGCCUGGGCUUGGUGACAAUCACACCAGACGGCGCGUCGAAGCCGUUGAAUCUACCGAAGCGUCAGGUGCGGAGGGUUAUGCCUCCGCCGUCGGAUGCUCUUAUCCCCAUUGCGCCGGGGAAGACUGCAACGAGUGAUGUUGUGCUUGCUGGGUCUGGGGUUGAAGAGGCCUUGGGCUCGGUCUCCAAGGUAUCUGUGAGGAUUUCGGGAAAUUGGCAGGCCGUUUGGGCGAAGAGAAAGGAGGAUAUCGGGGAGGUGAAGUUGGGCGGUGUGCAGCCUGAUCCUGCUGUGUUUAGUGGUGGUUUCAGUUCAGAGGCUGUUCGUGUCACUGUUGGUUGA